GAUGUAUACAAAACUGAAUCUCAGGUAUUACUUUCUGAUACUAGCCAUCCAAAAAAAAUACAUCAUACUACUACAAAUGCAGAAAAAGCUAUACUUGACCAAUUAUUUGAAUUUGAAGAAAAACUACCUGAAACUGUAAUAUUAGAAGUAUUAUCAGAGCUUCAAGCUAUUUCUUCAGAUUGGAUGGCUGAAAGAGUCAAACA